AUGAAUGAUAAAUAUUGCAAAGUUUGUGGCGACAGAGCGUCGGGGAGAAAUUUUGGUGGACUUUCGUGCGAUUCUUGUAAAGCAUUUUUCAGACGAACUGCUGUCAAAGAUAAUAUAUACUUUUGCUACACAAACAAUAACUGCAUAUUAGGGCCGAGGGAUAGGAACUGCAAAAAGUGUCGACUCGAGAGAUGCUAUGCCUCGGGAAUGAAACGAAAUAUAGAGUUAAUACGAACUGAGGAAGAGUUAGAUAUGAGACGAGCGAUGAUUGAAGGAAAUCGUCGGAAGAAACAGAAGUCCUUUUCGGCGACGACUGAAGACUUGAAUAUCAAUAGCAAUAUUGACUUUAAUAUAGACUUGAAUACCAAUAGCAAUGACUCGUCGCAGGAGUCCAUGAAAUCAUACGAAGAAAACUCUAACUUUAUGUCGGAUUUGAUGACCAAAACCAUUAGUAAGGAUGACCUGAACGAACAGAUCACGGAAAUCGAGAACUAUUUGAUAGACAAUGAAAGCGACGAGUCUUCAGACCAUACCUACCAUAAGAUGAUCAAUGAGUUGGAUGUGAUUCCCGUCUUUCAGCACAUUAUAACAUACAAUGUGUUCAACGAGUUGGAGAUCAAUAGACUACUGGAGCUGUUCAGCGCCGCCAAUAUCUUCAUCAGCGGUCCACUGUAUCCGAUGGUUAAGAAGGAUAUCACAGAAGUGUCCCAACUCUACAACCAUAUCCCCAACCUUUUGGUGAAAAAUAUCAAGACUACGAUAUAUUUCGCUAAGAAUUUAAGUCUAUGUCAAGAGUUGUUUGAAGACGACAAGAAAUAUUUGGUUAGAUAUGGCUAUUCAGACGUCCGGCUAUUGCGGUCUAUAUUUUACUAUAACUUCGAGGACCAGUACUGGACUGUAAAUACGGAAUACUAUCCACGGAUGAAGGCAUUUAUUGAUACAUUAGAUGCUGAAUGGGACAGGGAUCAGGUUGUACUGGACUUACUAACAGCAAUCGUAUUCUUUAAUCCCAAUCGACCCAAACUUAAUUACAGAGAUAUCGUGAAGCUCCAGCAAUAUAUUUACAUGUAUUUACUGCAACGCUACCUACUAUUGAAACAUCAGUCAGAAUCGGAAGCUCAACAAAAAUUCUGUAAAUUCAUGGAUAAUCUAAAUGAAUUGGAGGUAUUGGGGGACAUCAAGCGAAAUAUAUUCCCGUUAAUUCCUUAUACUUGA